ACGUGGGCCCUCCCGGUUCCGGCGCGGUAGAGGCCCGGGGUGGUGAACAGUCUCCGGCACCAUGUCUGGUUUGUCCGGCCUACAAGCCCAGCGUGGCCUUUGCCAGUUAGCGUCGUUGCUUUUACUCCUGCUCGGCCCCAGCUCGGUCUUCGCCAUCUCCUUCCAUCUGCCCGUUAACUCCCGCAAGUGUCUUCGUGAGGAGAUCCAUAAGGACCUGCUGGUGACGGGCGCAUACGAGAUCACAGACCAGUCUGGGGGCGCUGGCGGCCUGCGCACCCACCUCAAGAUCACAGAUUCUGCUGGCCAUAUUCUAUACUCCAAGGAGGAUGCAACCAAGGGGAAAUUUGCCUUUACUACUGAAGAUUAUGACAUGUUUGAAGUGUGUUUUGAGAGUAAGGGAACAGGGCGGAUACCUGACCAACUCGUGAUUCUAGACAUGAAGCAUGGAGUAGAGGCAAAAAAUUACGAAGAGAUCGCAAAGGUCGAGAAGCUGAAACCUUUGGAAGUGGAGCUACGACGCCUAGAAGACCUUUCCGAAUCUAUCGUUAAUGAUUUUGCCUAUAUGAAGAAGCGGGAGGAGGAGAUGCGUGAUACCAAUGAGUCAACAAAUACUCGGGUCCUCUACUUCAGCAUCUUCUCGAUGUUCUGCCUCAUUGGACUAGCCACUUGGCAGGUCUUCUACCUGCGUCGCUUCUUCAAGGCCAAGAAGUUGAUUGAAUAAUAAGGCCCACUCUCCUCCCACCCUGUAUCUCAGCCAGCAGAACAUCAGUGGGACAUGCCUGGCCUCAGGCAUCCUACCAACAGCACCAUCAAGGCACAUUGGAAUUUUCUUUCCAGAACUGAUCUCUUGUUGUGGGAGGACAUAGGUUACCACCUAUACCCAACAAGUCAUUGAGGAACUUCUUUUUAACUUGAUAGCAUUUGGACUGGUUUUGCAACAAGAGGACUAUUAUUAAAGUCACCUAUGACAAAAAAUAGGGGUUACCUAGAUAAUGCCAAAGCCAGCAUUUGUACUGGGUUUCCUCAUGUGAUCUGUUUGAAACAUAUUUUCUUUCCUUCUACUUGCUCACCAGUUUGGGCUUCCACUUUAGUUCCUUUACCAAGAUUUGUAUGACCAUGUGGAACUUGUUUCAUUCUGAUUGUCCACUUCGGAUUUCCAUGUGAAAACACCCUUAACUUUAUCUUAACCCUAGUUAAAAUGUUUAGGUAGCUUCUGGUAAUAUCUUUUCAUAAUUUUCUGUCUCUUAAAAGGGAAGUGACACCUCAUAGAAAUGCGCUUUGAAUUAUAGGUAACUCUUAAAGAAUAUUUCGUUUUAGAGAAUUAAAAUAUUUGUGCUCAACUGCUUGAAUUUUUUUUUCCGUGUAUUUAUGUGUAUUUAGUUCUAUGCAGUUUUAUUACAUGUGUAGAUUUGUGUGACCACCGCAAGUUGCAGAACAGUUUCAUCACAGGGGUCCUUAUUGCUAUCCUUUCAUAGCCACAGCCACCUCCCUUCCUUACCCUCAAGCCCAACCUCUGGCAACCACAAAUCUGUUUUUCAUCUCUCUAAUUUUGUCAUUUCAAGAAUGUUAUAUAAAUGGAAUCAUACAGUAUGUAAUCUUUUGGGAUUGACUUUUUUUCACUCAGCAUAAUUCCCUUGAACAAUCCAUGUAGGUUGUUGCAUGUAUUAGUACUUUGUUCCUUUUUUUGCUCAGUAGCGUUUCAUGGUAUGGAUGUACCACGCUUUGUUUAACCAUUCACCCAGUGAAGGACAUCGGGGUUGUUAUGAGUUUUUGGCUGUUACCAAUAAAGCUGCUGUUAACAUUCAUGUACAGGUUUUUAUGUGAACAUAAAUUUCAUUUCUCUGGGAUAAAUGCCCAAGAGGGCAAUUGCCAGGUUGUAUGGUAAGCACAUUUAUUUUUGUAAGAAAUCGUCCUACUCUUUUUCCAGAGUGAGUGUGUCAUUUUAUGUUCCCACCAGCGAUGUAUGACCAGUCAGGUUUCUCCACAUCCACACAGGUAUUUACUGUUAUUAUUUUUUAUUUUAGUCAUUCUGAUAGAUGUGUUUAAUGAUACCUCAUUGUGGUUUUAUUUUUGCUUUUUCAUAAUAGCUAAUGAUGUUGAACAUCUUAUCCUAUGCUUAUUUGCCAUCAGUAUCUUCCUCAUUGUAAUCUGUUCUUGUGCUUUGCCCAUUUGCUAAUUAGAUUAUUCUUUUUACUAAUGAGUUUUGAGUUUCUUAUAUAUCCUAGAUACAAGUUCUUUGUCAGAUAUGUGGUUGUUUGAAUUUUUAACAUAACUUCUACCAAGAAAAAAUUAGUAAAAUUUGCCAAGUGUUCUUACACAGUCACUGACUUAAUUCUUGUCCUUAUGUGUUCCCCUAAGACAAUAUAAGGUAUAAAAAAAUAACACAUCUAGGAUCAUGAAUAGAUAGAUACUUGAGAAUACAUGUUGUGAAAGCAAAGCCAAGAACCGCUGUGAGAAUAUGAGGUGCCUGCCUAAAUACUAAGGUGAAUAAGAGAUAUGUGGAUACAAUUGACUGUGUAAACAGUUAAGAAAAAUACUAUCACUUGAAAUUUUCCCCACUUCUCCCAGAAAAGGAGUAGGAGUUUGUUCUUUCUGUAAUCUCUUUCUUAACCUUGCUGAGUGUUACAGGGCUUGUCUAAUUGCAGUGGCAAGAAUAAUAGGAUUUAGGGCCAUGUAGCUUGCAGUUAAGAAGCAGCAUUUUGAAAUUAACAGAGAACACUGCUGUGAUGACCUGGAUGAAAUACAAAGGUGAAAGAGGGAGUAGGUUACGUUGUCAAAAUCUCAGGCUGUUUUGUUAAUGUUACAGCUACUGUAAACCCAAAAGCCUUCUCUUCUUUUGACUCCCUAUAUGAAUGAAUGUCUCUGGUGUGGCAUAAAAGUAGUUCUUUUAUUAAUUUGUGCAACAUUGCCAUCUGCUGUUAAGAAUUGAUAAGGAUAGCUGAAUCCUUGCAUAAGGGAAGCAGAUGUUAAGAAAGUUUAUCUGGGGUAUUACAUAUACUAAACAAUGGAGGAUACAUCCAAGUAGGGAAGAAAAUGACCAAAUUUGUGGGUUAAGAUCCAUCCUUAGACGUUUAAAGGUGAAAUUCUGUACUAUUAACCUAACAAGAUAACUCUCAUAUUUCUGACUGGUGCCUUUCCCUUUUUUUAAAAGAAUGAAAGCUACUCAGUUGGUUUUAACAUUCUGUUCUGACAAAAUGUCAGAGAAGAUAGAAGAGGAGAAUAUUUUAUUUUGAUGAUGUUUCUGUUCCCAAAUAUGACUUUGUGAAACUAAAAUUCUUUCAUGCCUUUCCUUUCACUUAUGCCAAAACUACCAACUCGGACAUUUGUGCUUUUGGUUUAAAGUUCAUUGAUACUACACCUUGAUUUUAUCUGAAAAGUAAAAUUAUUUGCCUUUGAUAAAAGGCUAGUGCAAAAGCAAAUCAGCUUUAAAAACAAGGCUGCUAUCUGGUUUCCCCGGUUUUGGAGCCUAUUAUUCAACAUGUCUGUGUAAUACAGAUGAGAAUGAUGAAAUUUAAGUAAGCUUUGUUAUACCAUUGUCAUAAACCCGUCAUAAGCAAGUUUUCUGUUUGUUUAAUGGAAAGAGGCAUGUGGGAUUUAUAUGGAUUCACUUCUAAGUGUUGGAUGGGGAUUUUUUGUGUAAAUUUUCUCAAAUAAAGGCUAGCAGAAACCA